UUGUUCUCUGCUCACGCGUGCGAGUAGCCUACGCGUCAGUGUCUCCCACGAAAAGAACGCGGUAUAUAAUGUAGUGCCUCAGGCAUCAACAAGCUUUUUUGGCCCAUAUUCGACCUCCACUGGCUGGUCUAAUAUAAGUUAUGGAAUAUAUGAAACCCAACACGGCAAUUGCGACUCAAGAGCAGAAACACCAUCCCUAUCAAGAUAUCCUCAUAACCAGCCACUUAAGCAACUUGCUUAAGACCAGUUUCUCCCAGCCAACGAUGUGGAUUUCCACGCCAUACCCACCACCACCACGAUCAUGACCACCACCACCACCACCACCACCACCAACCUCACCCACCUCCUCCGCGCCCUCCUCCGCGCCUGCUCCUACCUCCCCGACGGCCCCUCACGCCACUACUUCCAUGCACGCAUCCUGCACCGCUUCCGCCACGUCACGACCCCAACCCUCGGCGCCUACCGUGCGCGGAGAGCCCUCUCCUUCCUCACGCGAGCAACAAACGGGGACCUCCCCGCCCUCACCAAAGUCCUGCAGCACACCUACGGCCGCGCGGGUCAGCGACGACACACCCUCCUCAAUACCCUCCUUUCCAAAUUUAGCAUCCACGAUGAUGCCGAGCAGCCCACCGCCGUAUCCCCGGCAGUGCAGCGCGUCCUCGUGCCCCCGACAGAAGUCGCACCCAGGGGCGGGGCCAUGGUACCCGCGAAACCGCAUGAUGCGCCGCCGACGGUCUUUGAGCGGCUCCUAGCGGACCAGAUCCUGCAAUACCCCCCAAGGAGCAACCGCAGCCAGCUGAAGAUGGCGUAUGCGCCUAUUCCACUAGAGAAUGUGUUCCUGAGGCCGACGGCGGCGAAGCGGGAGGCGCGGUUGAGGAAGCGCUGGUUGACGGAUACGAUGGAGAGGAUAUUGCCGCCGCUGCCGGAAGAGGAGUGGGAUAAGUUGCGGGGUUUGGCGACGGGGGUGGUGGAGUGGGAGGGUGCGCCGAAGAGGAGGGCGCGGGUUGGACUGGAGGAGGAAGGGGGGGGACGGUUGCUGAGCGUGGAGUAUCUCAAGGCGCCGAUUAGGCAUGCACAUUCGAAAGUGCGGAAGGUGGAGAUUGACCAGCGCGACCGGCAUGAGCUGACGCCCAAGUAUAUGCAGCGGAUGUAUGCGAAGAUUUGGGAGCUGUGUCCAAAGGCGCGUUGGGACGAGGAGCUGAGGGACUGGGUGUAUACGUGGGGCGGAACCAAGAUUGCGGCGAAUAGGGGCGAACCGAAGAAAGUUGCACAGCGUGAUCUGAGUUUGUUUGAAGGGAUCGAGGAUCUAGACAAAGGGCAUGUGAACGCGAAAAAGAGAAACCCAGCCAAGGGGAAGGUGAUACCCCAGGAGGAUAUAGAUUCCAGGGAAGCAGUCCCAAGCAACGACUAG